AGAAACUCGAUUAACAGAAACUCUCGAUCUCUUUCGCAGCUCUCGGAAACCCCUACCCCUACCUCGUUUGUCUCUCCAAUCAAGAAGAAGAAAGGAGAGAGGAGGAGGUGAAGCACGGAGAGAUACAGACACCCAACAAGAUUCAUCUAAACCAAUCACAAGGAUCUGCGAAUCAACAGGAUUGUUUUCGUGGCUGAUUUAGAAGUUUGUAGCUACACAUUUCGCAAAGUUGGGAGUGGCUAUUGAAAAAGAGAGGAAAUGUUGAUGAUUUUGGCUUGAAUUUCUGAAAUGGCUGAUCUAGCGGGUCUGCAAGAGGCAGCAGGGUCUAGAUUUAGUCAGUUUGAGUUAAUUGGGAGAGGAUCCUUUGGUGAUGUGUAUAAAGCGUUUGAUAAGGAGCUAAACAAAGAAGUUGCUAUCAAGGUCAUUGAUUUAGAGGAAUCUGAGGAUGAGAUUGAUGAUAUCCAGAAGGAAAUUGCUGUUCUGUCACAAUGUCGUUCUCCAUAUAUAACCGAGUACUAUGGUUCCUAUCUCAACCAGACUAAACUAUGGAUAAUAAUGGAAUACAUGGCUGGUGGCUCAGUUGCUGACCUACUCCAAUCAGGCCCUCCACUGGAUGAAAUGUCAAUUUCUUGCAUUACUCGGGAUUUGUUGCAUGCAAUUGAAUAUUUACAUACUGAAGGGAAAAUCCACAGAGAUAUCAAAGCGGCAAACAUUUUAUUGACUGAGAAUGGUGACGUUAAGGUUGCAGAUUUUGGUGUUUCUGCACAAUUAACAAGAACAAUAUCGAGGAGGAAGACUUUUGUAGGAACACCAUUCUGGAUGGCACCAGAAGUGAUUCAGAACUCCGAGGGAUACAAUGAGAAAGCAGAUAUCUGGUCAUUGGGCAUUACUGUUAUUGAAAUGGCCAAAGGAGAACCUCCGCUUGCAGACCUACAUCCUAUGAGAGUUCUUUUUAUCAUACCUCGAGAAAACCCACCACAGUUGGAUGAGCAUUUUUCACGUCCUAUGAAAGAAUUUGUUUCUUUUUGUUUAAAGAAAUUACCGGCUGAGAGGCCAAGUGCAAAGGAACUUCUCAAGCUCCGUUUCAUCAAGAAUGCUAGAAAGAGCGCAAAGCUUCUGGAGAGAAUCAGAGAGCGCCCAAAGUAUCAAAUAAAGGAGGAUGCAGACACCCCUCGAAAUGGUCCCAAGGCUAUAGGGGAAGGAUAUGACACUGUGAAAGCAACAAGAGAUGUGAGAGGCGAAGAAACUGUUCGAGUUAGUAGUCAGGGAAAAACAUUUAAAAAUGCUGGAUGGGACUUCAGCAUUGGUGGACCACAGAGUAGUGGAACUAUCCGAAGUGCUGUAAAACCUCCUCAGGUCAAAGAAAGGAAACCAGAUAUUCCACACUAUCGGGCUACUCCAGUAACUACAGAGAGUGGUAAUGCACUUAAAGAUUCUCAAGACAUUUCCUCUGGGAAGGAUGAUGGAGAUCCAUAUUAUGAUUCGCAUGGGGAUAACGAUCAUGAAGAUGAUGAUAUGUCCAUGAGUGGAUCUGGAACUGUUGUUAUACGAUCUGCUAGGGGAUCUCUGUCAUCAUCACUGUCUAGCAGCCAGUAUGCUUCUCUUGAGGAUGUCUCAACUAGUGGAACUGUCGUAUUACGUGGUCAACAUGAUGAUUCUGAUUCUCCUAGAACUCCCAAAUCCAGGCUAGGUAUUCUAGACAGAACUUCAAAUGCCUCACUUGAAGACAGUGCAACAAACCUCGCAGAGGCAAAAGCUGCAAUUCAAGCAGGAUUGAGAAAAGGAAAUGCUAAAGAAAGGUCUGCAUUUGGCAAGAAAGGUAUUUCUGCUCAGGACAAUCAAAGAAGAGAGGAAUUGGCUGACAACUCUGAUUCUUCUAGAGGUUUCCAUGAAUAUUUUGAAGCACCAAGAGUGUUUCCAAGAUCACGUCGAGCAAGCAACGAUGAUGAAAGUGCAAAGAUAGUAUCAUCAUCUGUGCCAUUGUCAGUGUUGCUUAUUCCUUCCUUAAAAGAGGCCGUUGCUGAUGAUUCUGAGGGGUCAGUUGUGCAUGCAGUUACAAAUUCUCUUAUAAACAUGGAGCGUGCAAAGCCUGGAUCUUGUGAAGCUCUUAUUCGCAAGUUGCUUGAGCUAUUGUCAAGUUCAAAAGAAUCUUCAUUGAAAGAAAUGCAAGUGAUGGCAGCUAACAUGUUCAUUAAGGGCAAGACAGCAUCUCAAGAUACACAAAACAUGACUGCAGAAGCCGAGAAUAGGAAAAAGCAACAGCAGAAGGAGCUUCAUACAAACUCCAACUUAAGCCCACUUGCAAGAUUUCUACUUUCCAGAUGGCAAAGCCAAGUUCCAAAGGAUCUCAAUCCAGCUUAAGAAAGAAGAGGUUAAAGUGAUUACAUCUUUGUUUUGUAGUGUGUUUUCUAUUUUUAUGCAUUUAUUCCAAUUCAAUGUACAUAACAUUGUAAGAAAAUGGUGUAUUUAUUAUCCAUUAUCAUUAUUUUUCUGUUUUAAAGUUUUGUUUUGCCGUGGCAGCAAUUUGAUGUAUAAUUAGAUUUUGCUUAAUACAUUUACAAAUGUAAU